AUGUUGCGCUCAGUUCAUCUGAAGCAGCACUGCUUACGGACGCAAGUCUCUGCUAGGAAAAGUUCCCGUUUACUCGCUGUAAAUACGCGGAUUUUCAGUCGCCAAUUGGCGACUGAAAAUGGCUCAAGCGAAUCCCAGAUCAAGUCGCAGAUUAAGUCGCAGAUUAACCCACAAACGGCUCCAGGGUUGCCCAAGAGUGAUCCCAGCAGCCAGACGUUACCUGUGGCUGCACCUGGACCCAAACCGUCGUUAUGGUCGAGAGUUAAACAUGAGGCACAGCACUACUGGGACGGAACCAAACUGCUGGGUCUGGAAAUCAAAAUCUCGUGGCGACUUUUGUUCAAGAUGUCGUCCGGAUACGAGCUCUCAAGAAGAGAAAUGCGUCAAUUGAAGCGUACAACGACCGACGUUAUCAGACUGGUACCGUUUUCCGCGUUCGUGCUCGUGCCUUUCGCCGAACUAUUGCUGCCAGUCGCGCUGAAGCUUUUCCCCAACAUGCUGCCUUCGACGUACGAAUCCAACAAAGACAAGCAGACAAAGUUAUCGAACCUGCGUAAAACACGCGCGUUGGUCUCGGAGAUCAUCAAGAGCGACAAGACCCAUUUCAAGCCCGCAGACAUCAGCGACGACCAAAAACUCGUGUUCAACCGGUUCUACCAGCAUGUACGCGCAACGGGCGAACCGGAGUCCCGUCAGCAGCUUAUCCAAGUGGCACGCCUGUUCACGGACGAUACCGUCUUGGACAACGUUACUCGGUCCUACCUGACCGCGUUGGCCAAAUACAUCAACCUGCAACCGUUCGGCACAGACGUGAUGCUGCGAUAUCGUAUCAGGUACAAGAUGCUGGAGCUCAAGAAAGACGACUUUUCGAUCUUUUACGAAGGUGUUGACCAGCUCGACUCCUCAGAACUCCGCACCGCGUGCGCGUCGCGUGGUAUCCGCAACCUCAACGUUGAGGAGUCUUUGCUGCGCGAGAAUCUCAAGGUGUGGCUCAACAUGAGGCUCAAGGAAAAGAUCCCGUCCACUUUGCUGAUCAUGGCUACCGCGUUCGCCUACGGGGAUAUCAGUUCCAAGAAAACGCUUUACGACGCUUUGUGCGACGUUCUGAGCGGGAUCCCCGACGAGUUGUACCACGAAGUCAAGGUCAAUGUCGUCGAAGAAUUGUCUGCGACUCACAAGUCCAAGAUGGCACAACUCAAGGAACAAGAGGAAAUAAUGAAAGAGGAAGAACAGCAAGAAAAGAGUGCUCUUGUUCGUGUGAAAGACAACUUGAGUCUUGACGACAUCGACAAGCAAAACCGCACAGCCACGAGCUCUCAAAACCAAAACCAGAACCAAAACCCACAAAACUGA